AAUAAAUUAAAAACCCAAAAAACGAAACAAAAACAAGAAAAAACACCAAUAUAACUCAAAAAAGGCUACUCAAAUCCCCCAAACCCCAUCAUCACCCCCCCAUCACCACUACCCAGCACCACCGUCUUCCACCAUCGACCACCGCCAUUCCUCCUCCGCUGAUCGGUUCUUUUAUCUCAUGCUCCCAAGGACUCCCUGUCUUUCCUCACUUUCAACUUCGCCUCUGCAUUCUCUCUCUCUUUGCCCCUAAAGUAAGUCGUCACUCUGUUCUCUAUCUUCUUUCUCUCUAGAUGACUGUGUGCCGCAGAUUUUUUUUUUUCUUUUUUUCAUUUUCCCAAUUCUUUUGUUUGAUUCAAUUUUUUGUUCUGAUUUACGCGUUUUGAUGUAUUCAUAUAUGUGGAUUCUGUAGAGGAAAUUGAUUCUUGAUGGGGCAUAAGAAGCGAAACCUCGCUGCUCGUUCCAAUUCCAAACCCUCGGUUUCAUCUGCACCAGCGGCGGCGGUGUCUUCUUCCUCCGCCGCCGCUGCUGGUGCGGCUACUGAUGGUGGUUCUGUAGUAGACGAGCCGCAGGAGACUGCAAUCUCGUUGUAUAACAGAAGUGAAGCUGCGGCGUCCUUGUUAGGUACUGAAUCAGAAAAUGUUCAUAAUGCGCUGUCAUCUCCUGCGUUUUCUUCUUCCUAUGCUAAUGUUAAAGUUGAAUGUGAGCGUGCAUUGACGGCCUUGCGCCGGGGGAACCAUAAGAAAGCUCUUAGGUUAAUGAAGGAGCUGUCUUCUAAGUAUGAUAGCUCCCCACAUUCAGCUUUAGUUCACCGUGUUCAAGGGACGGUCUGUGUGAAGGUGGCGACCAUUAUUGACGAUCCUACCGCGAAGCAACGGCACUUGAGAAAUGCAAUUGAUAGUGCACGGAAAGCGGUUAUGCUAUCCCCUAAUUCAAUUGAGUUUUCUCAUUUCUACGCUAAUUUGUUGUAUGAGGCGGCCAACGAGGGAAAAGAAUAUGAAGAGGUUGUUCAGGAGUGCGAGAGGGCAUUGGCUAUUGAGAAUCCAGUUGAUCCCGCUAAGGAGAGUCUGCAGGAUGAGAAUCAGCACAAGUUGGCUCCAGCUGAGGCUAGGGUUGCUCAUGUUCAGAAUGAGCUUCGGUCUUUGAUUCAGAAGUCAAAUAUUGCAUCCAUUUCUACUUGGAUGAAGAACUUGGGGACUGGAGAAGAGAAGUUUAGGUUGAUUCCAAUACGUAGAGUGUCUGAGGAUCCAAUGGAAUUGAGACUGGUCCAGAAUCGACGACCAAAUGAGAUUAAGAAGGCGACUAAGACACCUGAGGAGAGGAGAAAAGAGAUUGAGGUCCGUGUGGCGGCUGCAAGACUAAUGCAACAGAAGUCGGAAUCACCCAUUUCACAGGCUGAUGGAGACAAGGGAAUAGAUUCCUCUUCUGGUCCAGGACCAAGAUCAGGUGAGAGACGGAAAAGUGGAAGAAAGAAUGCUUCUUCAGCUGAGAGAAAGGACUGGGUUAGAGCAUUCUGGAACUCCAUGAGUCUGGAUAAGAAGAAAGAGUUAUUAAGUGUUAGGGUUUCAGAUCUGAAGGGCCAUUUUAAUUCGUUAAAAGAUGGAGUUGCAGUUGAGGUCAUCUCUGAAGCAUUGGCAUUUGCUGAAGCUAAUAGAGACUGGAGAUUUUUUGUUUGCUGCCGAUGUAAAGAAAAGUUUGUAUAUGCAGAAUCCCUCAUAAAUCAUGUGAUACACGAACACUUGGGGAGUUUACUGCCAAAGAUGGAGGCAGUUGUUCCCAAAAAUAUAGAGAAUGAAUGGGCUGAAAUGCUUUUAGCCUGUAAGUGGAAGCCACUUGAUGUUAAUGGUGCUUUAAAAAGCCUUGGAGAACUGCCAAAGGGUCACGAUUCUGAAUUUCUAGACAGGCCCUAUCAUAGAAAUGAGAUUGAUGAUUCUAAUGAAUGCUUUGCUGAUAGUUACAGCAAUGAAGAUGAGUGGGAUUCGUCCCCUCGCAAAAGGGAAUCAGGGGAUAGUUGCAAUGGUGUUAUUAUCAAGAGCAAGGAGUAUGAGAAGUAUUCUGACAUUGUUUGGAUGGAUUGUGAUGAAAACCAAGAAAGUAAGCCAUGCUUUUCUCACGAUGACUGGCCAUUGUCGGAUGAUGCUGAGCGCGCAAAGCUACUCGAGAGAAUACAUUCCACUUUUGAGGCCCUGGUAAAACAUAAAUACCUUGCUUCAAGUCAUCUCAGCAAAGUUAUGCAAUUUGCUGUGGAGGAGUUGCAAGGUAUUGCAUUUGGUUCUCAACUUCUUAACUGUAACAUUGAUCAAACUCCUCUUUGCAUCUGCUUUCUGGAAGCUCCAGAGUUGAAAAAGAUUUUGAAGUUUCUGCAAGACCUUUAUCAUUGUUGUGGGUUGGGUAGAUAUCAUGAUAAAGGAAAUUCCUUGGACGAUGUAAACAUUGGGACUCAGGGUGUAAAAGCUUUGGAGAAGUUAGUUCUGAGUGAAGAUGCUUUAUACUUAACUUUAGUUGACCGCUUCCUGCCAGAAAAGAGAAGCUCUCAUAUUCAUGGAUUAACCAAUGAGGAUCCGUAUUUACUUGAUUCUGAUGCUUUAUUGUCCUGGAUUUUUACGGGACCUUCUAGUGGGGAUCAAAUGGUAUCCUGGAUGCGGGGAAGAGAAGAGAAAGAACAGCAUGGUUUGGAGAUCCUCCAGUUGCUGGAAAAAGAAUUCUACAACUUACAGGGAUUAUGUGAGAGAAAAUUGGAGCAUUUAAGUUAUGAGGAGGCAUUACAGGCCGCUGAAGAUCUCUGUUUGGAGGAAGGUAAGAAAAGAGAGCAUUCCACAGAAUUUGUCCGAAGAAGUUAUGAGGCCGUCUUGAGGAAACGAAGGGAGGAGCUCAUUGAAUGUGAUAACGAAUUUGUUAUUGGCAAUCGAUUUGAGUUGGAAGCCAUAUCAAAUAUUUUGAAGGAAGCAGAUUCUCUGAAUGUCAAUCAAUUUGGGUUCGAGGAAACUUACAAUGGGAUGACAUCUCACUUGUAUGACCUUGAAUCUGGUGAGGACGAUGACUGGAGGACCAAGGAUUAUUUGCACCAAGUUGAUUCUUGCGUGGAAGUUGGUAUUCAGAGACAGAAGGAACAUGUGUCUGUUGAGCUCAGCAAAAUUGACGCUAGAAUUAUGCGAGUUAUUGCUGGAAUGCACCAGUUUGAAGUAAAACUUGAGCCGGUUUCUGCGUAUGAUUACCGUUCAAUUUUAGUCCCUCUUAUGAAGUCAUAUAUGCGGUCGCACUUGGAGGAUUUGGCAGAGAGAGACGCCACAGAGAAAUCUGACGCGGCCAGAGAAGCAUUUUUAGCCGAACUUGAUCUUGAUUCGAAGAAGGGUAACAAUGGAGUUCCUGAUAAUCUGAGGCAUAUGCAUGAAAAAACAAAAGAUAAGAAGAAAAACAAGGAUUUCCGGAAAACAAAGGAUUCAAAGGUUAAUACUGGCAGUGACGUAUACAUGCUUCAGAAUGAGACUACCGAGGAUGUCUCUCUCGAAGUUUUACAUGAGGGAGAAGAUUUUGAUGCUGAGGUCAUAAAUGCUGCUAAUGGUGAUACUUCGAAAUCAGAGGAAGAGGAAGUGAGACGAAGAAUUGAACUUGAAGCUGAGGAGAGAAAGCUUGAAGAAACUCUGGAGUAUCAAAGACGAAUUGAGAAUGAAGCUAAACAGAAGCAUCUCGCUGAGCAAUACAAGAGAUCUGUGAAGACAAAUUCUGAAGAAAUGUCGGCCAUUGCUUGCUCUAGUUCUUCCUUGAUACAGUCAGAAGAUCAUCAUGAUGUCAAUGGUCAAUUGAUAUUUGGGAAAAAGGAACAUAUGGUAGUCAAGAAUGGAAUUUCAAAUCUUGUGGGUGAUCUACCUGAGAAUACGGUCGGAGGAGUUGCAGAAACGAACGGCUUGCCUGAGGGGGGGAAUAUAGACGAUGGCCUUUUACUUUCUGAACGACGCACUGGAAGGAGAAAUAGGCGGCAAAAAGGUGCUGCUAAAUCAAUUGAUGGAAAGAUCCAGCCAUUGUCAUCAGGAAAGGAAAAUAUGGAACUCAAGACCAGUGAGGAAUCACAUGAUACUGGAACAAAGACAUUGAGACAGCUGCAGGCUGAGGAAGAUGAUGAAGAAAGAUUCCAAGCUGAUCUCAAGAAAGCAGUGCUUCAAAGUCUUGAUUCUUUUCAUCAGCUCCAGAAACUGCCUCCUGGGCCAAAGUUGUCAAAUCCACUGAUGAUGUCUCCUGUUCUUGCUGACUUAAAUGUUUUUGCUGAUGAGCGUGUGACACAAGGCUUGGAUUCCUGUGGGACAGGAUUGAAGAAUGAAGUGGGAGAAUACAAUUGUUUUCUCAAUGUUAUUAUACAGUCUUUGUGGCACUUAAGACGGUUUCGAGAUGAAUUUCUAGAAAGUUCAUCAGCAGAACAUGUUCAUGUGGGUGAUCCUUGUGUGACAUGUGCAUUAUAUGAAAUUUUUACUGCACUUAGCUUUGCUUCCACUGAUUCGAGAAAAGAAGCUGUUGCACCCACUUCACUGAGAGUUGCUCUUAGCAAUUUGUAUCCAGAUAGCAAUUUCUUUCAAGAGGGACAAAUGAAUGAUGCUUCUGAGGUUCUGGGUGUCAUAUUUGAUUGCCUGCAUCGAUCAUUCACGCCUUCUUUAGUUGCUUCUGAUGCUGAAUCAGUGGAUAGUAACUGCAUGGGUUCAUGGGAUUGUGCUAGUGGUGCUUGCAUUGCACAUUCUCUAUUUGGGAUGGACAUUUUCGAAAGAAUGAACUGUUAUAACUGUGGUCUGGAAUCCAGACAUCUAAAAUAUACUUCUUUCUUUCACAAUAUCAAUGCUAGUGCUCUCCGGACUAUGAAGGUCAUGUGCCCAGAAAACUCAUUUGAUGAGCUUCUGAACCUUGUUGAGAUGAAUCACCAGUUGGCUUGUGAUCCUGAGGCUAGUGGCUGUGGGACGCUUAACUAUAUACAUCAUAUUCUCUCAACUGUGCCGCAUGUCUUCACUAUAGUUUUGGGUUGGCAAAAUACCUGUGAGCAUGUUGAUGAUAUAAGAGCGACACUGACAGCAUUAUCUACUGAGAUGGACAUCAGCAUCCUUUACCGUGGUCUUGAUCCCAAAAAUAAACAUCGCUUGGUUUCAGUGGUUUGCUAUUACGGUCAGCAUUAUCACUGUUUUGCCUACAGCCAUGAAAGAGGAAGAUGGGUCAUGUAUGAUGACAACACUGUGAAGGUAAUUGGUGGCUGGGAGGAUGUUCUCAUCAUGUGUGAGAAGGGACAUCUGCAACCUCAGGUCCUUUUCUUUGAAGCUGUGAAGUAGAGUGAUAAUGAAGGAAUUCAUUACUUAAAAUAUGUGGGCUACAAUUCACGCAUUGACCUCAAUCGUGCACCAUGUUCCCCGCCUGUAUAGAUUGUGAAGAUAAGUACACUUCCUUUUGCCAGAAGUUUUGAGUUAAUACGAAGUACAGAAGUGUCAAUAUAGAAAUCGGGAGUUAUGGCUUGAGUUUUUACAACAUAAAAGAGCAGGAGUCAUCUUCCUGCGCAAAAUUUUGGAAGAUAUUGUCUUGGGGCUGGGAAAUUAAACAGUAGAAGAGGAGUAGGUUUCCCUCUCUCCAUAUCAAAACUUAUUGCCAGACCUGGGCAUUGGAUGCGUGGGGAAUCUUGCAUCUCACCAAUAAGGCUAUUUUUGUUACAGGAUAGGAUUACUGACAGUAAGAAUCCAUUUUACCUGGCCCUGAAUGGUAGAAGCAUGAGAAAGUUGACCCCUAGGGCGUCUGGCAAUCGGCACCUAUUUAGCUGAUACUAGAGAUGUACACAGGAAAGUUUAGACGGUUAGUUGCAUAUAUCACCAUUGUUUUUCUUUAUGAUGAGGAAAUAGUGUACAUAGAAAUGGUUAUCCUUAUGAAGUUCGAUACAUCAUCCCUACCAUAGUGACCAUUUUGAUGUCGUGAAUGCGAAAAAGUUUUGACCAGGGCUAUUGAUAGGGAGAGUAUGUAGUAUGAUGAUGACGAUAUGAUCCAAUGGAGUAAGAAUUUAAGAUUCAGAUGGUAUAUUUGUUUGUUGAUCUUUUCUUACUCUUUCUUUACCUAAAUGUAGUCAAAUUUGGCUCUCUACUUGUUGCAUUUCAUUUUGGUAGUUAUUUUUUUCGGAGCAGAAGACCGGUUAACAGGAUAAGUUUAAGUAGGUUGAUAAUGUCAACGUAGCUGGAAGUGUUUUGAUUAUUUUUCCUUGCGUACUAAUGAUUUUCCUUCCAAAAUUUCUCACUAGUGGAAGUGGCAAUUUGUUUGUUGGACUGCCUUUUUUGACAUUAUUUUCCGUUCCAUUUGUUUCAAUACAUUCUGUAGCCACUAGACAGGUUUAGCCCGCACGGUUUGAUGGCUCGGCGAUCUUGCGAAGACUUGUGAUGUGCAUUAAUUUUAGGUUAAAUCUGUUAUCUGAAGAAAUCAUUUUCAUUACUUUCAUUUUAGUAGCUUUAACACUGAACACACAAAUUACGACCUAAUUUUCUUUAACACAGCCUGUUAACUCCAGGACAUAGCAAAUUGCCACUUUGAGAAAUGAAUACAGAUGUACGAC